AUGGACUCCAUGCUGGAAAAGUUCGACAGACUAAUGGGGACCUUUGAAGCACGCACCUCCCAGAUUUCCCAGAAACUCCAUGACCCAGCAAUCGACGCGUUACAGAAUGAAUUAAAUCGGAUGCAAGACCUGCAGUCUCAGCACAGAACCCAGGAAGAGGAGCCAGAGAGCGACGCAGAAGACGUUGAAAGUCUACCGGAUCGCAGGGACGAACCAGCCGGCCAUUUGGUUGCGGAUGCCCAAGGAAAGCUCCGGUACGUCGGCGGCACCACGAACCUGAUCCUGAUCGAAGCGGUACAGAGCCUGGGGGAUCAGCAACAAACGUCCCCGCUCUUUGCCACGCCAGGACCAAGUGACUCACGACGCGGCACAUCCACCAGCAUUAUCGGCCUUCCCUUCUUUUCCGGUGGCAGCAGCACAUCCCUCCGCCUACCUUGCGCGGUAAGCCCCGAGCAAAUCAGCUUCCCACCGCAGUACAUAUCCGACUUGCUGGUGAACCUGUACUUCGACCAUUUCCAUUACACGUUUCCUAUCCUGUUCAAACCCUAUUUCAUGCGGGGAGAGCGACCAGGGCAGGAGUUCUACGAAAAAGCGUGGCUACUCUACUACGGCGCAGCUGGACAAGGGACCAUCGAGCAGGUUCAGUGCCUGGCGCUGCUUUCCGUGUGCUCCGCGGGCUGGAACACGCUGACUCAGGCCUGGAAGUUCGCGGGUCAGGCGGUGCGGUCGGCGCAGGAUUUGGGUCUGCACACCGGGCUUCGGCGGCCGGCCCAGGACGCGCCGAACGAAUUGUUGCUAGAGCAGGUGGGUCGGCGCGUGUGGUGGAGCGUCUACGGGCUUGAUAGGCUGCUGUCCAUGUGCCUGGGCCGGCCAAUGGCUGCUGACGACGAUGAUUGCGACUGCGAGCUGCCACUCGACAUGACUGAUGAGCACCUUGAGAUUUACUGCCGUGAUCCUGCCGGUGAGCGCAGUACAUCGUCAGCUUUAGCAGGCUUUUUGGCUUUUUCGGAGCUAUGCAAGAUUGCGAGCAAGAUCGUCAAGUCCACGCGGCGGCUGCAAAGAUCCCAGCCCUCCAGGAUCCAGAAGGAGCUGCAAUCACAAACAGAGGCGCUGAAUAGCCAGUUACAACAAUGGCUGCAGAACCUGCCAGACGUGGUCAAAUUCUCCGCUAAUAGGUCAGACGAGGAUGGGCGAUUGCAUCUGACCAUGUGUAUCAUCACAUUCAUCUUGCACGCUGCGUCGAUAAUCAACCUGCAAAGGCCACGGACAGCCGAUAAACAUGGCCUGACCGAGCCUCCGAAGGCGGCUCGAAAUCACGAUGCAGAUGGCAUGUCGUCGGCCGAGCAGUGCAUCCAAGCGGCCCGGAGCUGUAUCCACACGGCGGAACUCAUCUUGUUCCGGGUCCCGCCGUCACACUAUCUCGCUUUCAGCAUCCACGAGCUGGCUGUGGCAGGCGUGCUUCUACUUCGAACGUCACCCACCAUCCCGCCGCCGGUAAGCGUGCAAGAGGACGUGCAGCGAUGCAUCCGGCACCUCGGCGAUCUGCAAAGGGUAUGGGCGGGUGCGGAGAGGAGCAAAGCGAUUCUCCAGGAUCUGCUGCAGAGGGCGACGGAAGCGGCGGAAAGCAGCUUUGAGCUGUUCGGCGGGGCGGCAGAGCAACGAGAAAUACUGGACCCUGACUUCUUUGUGAAUUUUGAGGCAGUCCACAGCCUCCAGCUCUGA